UCUCCAGCCUCACCCUAUCCCGCCCCGGUCCCAGGUCCGCAGCAGCCCCACCGGGAAGGUUCCCAUAGGCACACAAACCCGCUUGGCUCCCCAGCUCCGCCUCGCCCCGCCCCGCCCCGCCUCGCCCCGCCCCGUCCCAGCUCCACCUAGCCCCGACUCUGUACCGCCCAGUCCCAGAGCCCGCCCUUCUGGGUCAGCCAAGUGUCACGUGACCGCGGGCGUAUCCGAGACAGCUUGAGAUCGACGCUGUCUACCACCAGUUCCUCCUCAAUUUCGAACCGCCCUUGUUCCAUGGCGCCGGAGCCUCCCGGGUCAAUGUGAAGUGACUUCUGCUCCUGAUCCCAAGCCUGUGCUGGCACCUCUGGGUGAACAGGGUCAGAUCCCCGCUCGUGACGUUAAUGAAGCCCUGGUCCUUUAGGGGCUCUAUGGAGUUACACCCCAGGCCAUCCCCUUCCGAGUUCUGACAGAUUCGCUGGAGCUUCAGAGAGUGGACCUACAGACAGAAGGAUUAUUUGGGUCUGGCGGCUCAGGGGGGUAGGAGGGCUCGGGACUGUGGCCUCAGGUAGGGACUGGCCUGGGCGCUCAAGGAACGAGCCUGCUGGAAUCGCUCUGCCUUCCCUACCAAGGGACUGAGGAUACAGGCCCAUCUGUAUCUGUUAUGGGGCCCCUGGGGACCCUCUUUUUGGCAUUGGCUGCAGGCCUGAGCACUGCCAGCCCACCUAACAUCCUGCUGAUCUUUGCGGAUGACCUGGGCUAUGGGGACCUGGGCUCCUAUGGGCACCCCAGUUCUACCACCCCUAACCUGGAUCAGUUGGCUGAAGGUGGACUACGGUUCACAGAUUUCUAUGUGCCUGUGUCUCUGUGCACGCCAUCUCGGGCCGCCCUCCUGACUGGCCGCCUCCCAGUUCGAUCAGGCAUGUACCCUGGAGUUCUGGGGCCCAGUUCCCAAGGGGGCUUGCCCUUGGAGGAGGUGACUUUAGCCGAAGUCCUGGCUGCUCGAGGCUACCUUACAGGGAUGGCUGGCAAGUGGCAUCUUGGAGUGGGGCCAGAGGGGGCCUUCCUGCCCCCGCAUCAGGGCUUCCACCGAUUCCUGGGCAUCCCAUAUUCCCAUGACCAGGGUCCUUGUCAGAACCUAACGUGCUUCCCACCAGACAUCCCCUGCAAUGGUGGCUGUGACCAAGGCCUCGUUCCCAUCCCACUACUGGCCAACCUGACAGUGGAAGCCCAGCCCCCUUGGCUGCCUGGACUGGAGGCCCGGUAUGUGUCUUUCUCCCGAGACCUCAUGGCUGAUGCCCAGCGCCAGGGCCGACCAUUCUUCCUGUACUACGCUUCCCACCACACCCACUACCCUCAGUUCAGUGGACAAAGCUUCACCAAGCGCUCAGGCCGUGGGCCAUUUGGGGACUCCUUGAUGGAGCUGGACGGAGCUGUAGGGGCCUUGAUGACAGCUGUGGGGGACCUCGGUCUGCUGGAAGAGACACUAGUCAUCUUCACUGCAGAUAACGGUCCUGAGUUGAUGCGCAUGUCCAAUGGCGGCUGCUCCGGCCUCUUGAGAUGUGGAAAAGGAACAACUUUUGAAGGUGGUGUCCGAGAGCCUGCCUUGGUCUACUGGCCAGGUCACAUUACUCCUGGUGUAACCCAUGAGCUGGCCAGCUCUCUGGACCUGCUGCCCACCCUGGCAGCCCUGACCGGGGCUCCGCUGCCCAACGUCACCUUGGAUGGUGUUGACAUCAGCCCCUUGCUGCUAGGCACAGGCAAGAGUCCACGGAAGUCUGUCUUCUUCUACCCGCCCUACCCAGACGAGAUCCACGGGGUCUUUGCUGUUCGGAAUGGGAAAUACAAGGCUCAUUUCUUCACCCAGGGCUCCACCCACAGCGACACCACUUCAGAUCCUGCCUGUCAUGCUGCCAACCGUCUGACAGCUCAUGAGCCCCCACUGCUCUACGACUUGUCUCAGGACCCUGGGGAGAACUACAAUGUUUUGGAAAGUAUAGAGGGGGUCUCCCCAGAAGCCCUCCAGGCUUUGAAACACAUCCAACUCCUCAAGGCCCAGUACGAUGCAGCCAUGACCUUCGGCCCCAGCCAGAUAGCCAAGGGCGAGGACCCUGCCCUGCAGAUCUGCUGUCAGCCGAGCUGCACUCCCCACCCUGUCUGCUGCCACUGCCCGGGCUCCCAGUCCUGAGGGGACUGGAGAAAUCACGGGGGUCCUUCAAGGGUAGCCCAGGACCCCUAACCCUGUCCUGAGUGUGUGAUGGUUCACCAGAGGGACAGGGACAAGUGUGUAGUUUGUAUCUGGUAAUGUAAUAACACCAGCUGAGACUUAAGGCGUGCUAAUUCAUCUAGUCCUUGUGGUAACUCUGAGGUCAGUGCUAUUCUGCUGUGCUACAAGACAAGGACAUUGAAGCAUAGGGAAUCUCGUGGACCUGUCCAAGUCCGAUGUCACCUUACCAGAGAAAGAGCUUGAGCUAGGAUUUGAACCCAGGCACCCUGGGUCUAAAAUUUGUCCCACCCUGGUUGAUCUGCGUGUGUCCAUGGACACAUCGCUGAAGCGCAGACAUGUCCCUUCACAGAAACCGGUAGUGAGUUCAAGUGCCAGGAACUGGGGGGGUGGGGGUGGUGUGGGGGUGGUGGUGAGGGCAGAGGAACCCUAAAGAUGCAAAGCACCUGGAAGACAGGCUUUCCUCAAGAAGCAUUGUCAGAGGCCCUGGAACUGGUCAGCUUGGUUCUUUAAAGAAAUCAGCUGUCUGGAGUUAGGUGAUAAACUGAUCAUUCCAGGUAGAGUUAAGGACCUGGGGACCCUGCUAGACCCCAGGAAGGACCAUUAGCAGCUUCUGAGACUGCCUCAUGGGGCUUACUCUUCUCUCAGGCUCUGAAUUUCUGCUUUGUGCAUACUUCAAGUAAUUUUCUACAAAAA